AUGCCGGAAAACUCAGUAAAGAUGAUCACUCACCGAGACGACCAACACCACGAGCAGCUCUUCAUGCGACUCAAUCUUUUCCGCAAAGAAAAUAUGCUCGUCGACCUGACCAUCGUCGUUGAGGGACAAGAAUUUGGCGCGCACAAAAUCGUUAUGGCAGCGUGCAGUAAUUUCUUCCUCCAAGAGGGGUGCGGCCAACCUCGCGUCGUCUUGAACAAUGCAAACGUGACGGUGAAAGGAUUCCUGCCAUUGUUGGAGUACGCAUACACUUCCGUGCUCAAUGUCCCGCAAAGUGAUGUUAAUGAUGUCUUCCUCGCAUCAGUUCACUUGCACAUCCAGCCUGUUUCCGACUUUCUCCGAAAAUUCACGAGCAUGCAAAGUUCUCCCGGGCCAAUGGCCAACUCCCUCCAGCAACUGGAAAUGCUCCGACUUGUCCUUGGAAUGUCCCAAGGAAACAACGGUGGACAGGAUGCGCAAGCCCUGCUGAAGGACAACAUCCCGCAGCUGCUGCAGAUUCUCAAGAUGAGCAACGAGCUCAACAACCAGCAGCAGCAGCAGCAGCCCAACAGCGCAAUCGUGACUCCUCAAGAAUCGCCAGUUACCGUCGCCAGCAACGAUUCUUGCUGCAGCCCGCAGAAGGACAUAAGCACCGUUUCAAGCCAAAAUGGCGAUGGAGAUGAGACAACAGAAUCCUCCCUAGGUGCGAAAAUCGACUCUGGAAUGAGCGAAGGGCACCAAGGAGACGAAGAAAACCCAGAGUUCGACGACAAUCUCAACAAAAAUAACAACAUGGGUCUGAUGGUCCCCCAGUCUCCCAAUUCUAGCGUCUCGUCGAACCAAGCCAAUCUCUCCGUCAUCGCCAUGGACACCGAUCCCUGCAUCCCCACUCCCGGCACAGUAGUCGGCCGAACCCGAACCGGCAAGCCACUCACCCAGCCCGAUCUGCCCGCUCUUCCGCCAACCGGCCAGUACAUGCCCGUCCGUCGCCGAACACUGCCCACUUCAAUCCCCAAGCCCCACGUCUGCCAAAUCUGCGGCUCCCGCUUCACCCGCUACCACAACUUGAAGCAGCACAUCAAACUGCACAGUGGCGUCAAGCCCUUUGAAUGCGAUAUUUGCGGCAAACGAUUUACCAGAAAUUAUACCCUCCGUCUUCACAAAGCAAAGCACACCGGGCAGCAGCAAUUCUCCUGUGGCUCCUGCGCCUUCACAACGAGCUCCCCAGCGGACAUCAAGGCUCACUACAGAAUGCACCAGCAUCAGCCCGGCGGAGCGCGACCGUUCCGAAACGACGACGCCCCACCCUCGAUGGUCCACAGCAGCCCCUACCAGCAAUUCGACCCAUCCCUGACAAUGAACCCGCUCCUCGCCACUCUCACCCAAAACCUCCUCAACUCGCAGCGCCAAGCCGCCCAAAGCGCCCAAGCCCAGCUCAGCGCCGCUCUUCUCAACAACUCCAGCCAGAGCAACCCGGAAAACAUCGCCACGAUCAACCCCGGCUCCCCAAGCGGCUCGGAAGGCUCCGAACACCACCAGCCACAGUUCGAAAACAACUCCGAAGACGAAGAACAGUCCCUCCAGAUCGACGAACACGCCGAUGAAAAAAUGGAAGACAUCAAAGUCGAAGUCUGA